AAAGCGGAGAAAAGAAAAAAGAAAAGAGAAAAAGCGGGGAAAGAAAGAGUGAUGUUGGGAAGAAUGCAAGACCGAAAAUUCGAAACGACGGCGUUUAAGCCUUGCGUGAAAGGUGAAACUUCACGUUGGAUUUAAGAUUCGUAAACGUUGCCGUCAAUUUGCCGGAAUAAGAAAAUCGAGAUAUCGCCACAUGUCACACACUCACACAAUGAUGACUCCUUCGGAAAAACGUUAAUUUGACGGCUCCGUUCUCCAUCACCGCCGUUGACGUGUCCCCUUUUUCCUUUUCAUUCCUUCGUUUCCUAAAUCACCGUUUCUUCCCUCUCUCUCUCUCUCUCUCUCUCUCUCUCUCUCUCUGUGAAUUUUGUUCAUUUCACAGAACAGUUAGGUUUCUUUUGCUUUACUCACAAACCAAAAGCAUAACUUCACUUCAUUUCACUGGCUAAGGUGUAGUUUAGCUGUAACAUUAAUAAUACAUUCAGCUGGAAAAAUUUGGUCCCCUUCAUGUGCCUAUUGUGAAGAGAUCUUUUAUUGUAUCAGUUGCGUGCAUUGUUGGAAAAAAGUGAAUUAGAGAGAUGGCUAUUGCUGGUGUGCAUAGUGUGGCUGUGAUUGACUCUACACUUCUUAGGGAGUCUCAUUCUCAGUUAUCAGGUAGGCGAGGGGAUGGAGGAGGGAGGGGAGGUGCCCGUUCAUCUUCCCUCUUGCAAAUGUGGCGAGAAAUCGAGGAUGAACACAUGGCGGGUCAAGUUCAGGGGAGGUCUGGGGAGUUGUUAAUUAGGCAGAGGAGUGAUGGAUUGAUCUCGGACCUGUCGCAGGAAGAUGUCCCUCGGAGAGGAGAAGGUGAAGGGCAUAUGAUAGAAGAUGCAAUUUCGGGUGAGAAUGAAUCAGAAACAUGGUCACAGUCACAAAGUCAGAAUGAUUCUCGUGACGAUGAACAUGAGGGUUUAGGCAAUUCUAAUUGUGAGAGCUCUUCAGAUGGGAUCAUCGUGCAUCAAAUGUUCCCAGAGGAAGUGGUGGUUCAAGGAGACAGUGGCUUGGGGAAACUGAGCAGGAGAGGGUGAGUAUCAUUAGGGAGUGGGUACAGAUGAGUAGCCAGCAGAGAGUUGUGUCUUCUAGUGAAAACAGGGAAGACCAAUCUUUAGAGAUCGGUAACCAAAUUGAUCGUGUUCGGGAUGGAUUCGUUGUUAAUCAGCAUGACGGCCAAUCUGAGCAUACACGGAGGGGAAUCCGUAGAUUGCGUGGCCGGCAGGUUCUGCUUGAUAUGCUCAAGAAGGCUGAGGUGGAAAGGCAAAGAGAAGUUCAGGAGUUGUUUGAACACCGGGCUGUAUCCCGUUUCCCCCACCGCAAUCGCAUUCAGGCAUUGCUUAGAGGCAGGUUCUUGAGAAAUGAUAGAUCAACUGAUAAUAACAGGUCCACUUCCAUUGCGGAAAGUGAAUUAGGUUUAUUGAGGCAAAAACAGACUGUAUCAGGUCUAAGGGAAGGAUUCUUUUCCAGAAAGGACAAUUCUGGUUGCAGUCAAGCAACAAGCAACCUUUCCGAUGCCUCAUCUGACACUGAUGGUGAUGUUAAUGCAAUUGAACAUGCUGGAGCCAGCAGUUCACAAACUGUCCCAUCUGUACAUGCUAAAAAGUUGGAGUCUAAUAACAGUGGAAGUGAUGAAAUUGGCAUAUCUGGCAGGGAAAACUGUUUUCAACAAUCUACUUGUGAGAAUCUAGACUGUCAAGAUUCUGGUGCUUAUGCUAAUGAAAUUGAUCAGGCAUUGGCAUCAAGUGUUGAGGUUGAAGGCAGCGAUAGCAUUGGACAAAAUGUUGUUAUGGAUACUGAAGAUGCUUCUAGUGGCCUCACCCAACAAAGGUUGCAAAUUGAAGGUAGAGAUCCUAGCAAUAUGCAGGUAAAUGAGGUACAUAUUGAGCAAUCUGAGCUGGGUGGUAUAACUGAUAAUGAAAGCUACUUAUCACAUCACAGCAAUAGUAUAGAGGGCAAUAUUGCUGCUGAUGUAGAUUGGGAUGUAUCUGUUGCUCCAGAAGUAGAGCAACCAGAAGAGGCUAUUUCUGAAAAUGAAGGAAGUGACUGGCAUCAAACUAGCAUUGAAUGGAGUAGCACUGAGGAUGGUGUUGACAAUAAUCAACUCGGUGGCUCAUCAAAUGAACUACCUCAAAACACAUUUGGAAAUGAAGAUGGAGAAAAUUCUCGCCUACAAGAAGGGCCUGAAGUGUGGCAGGAGGACAGCGGCUUUCAAGAGGCUGUAGAAAUUUGGUUGGGAGGACCUUCUGAUCAUGAAGCAGCUCCAGUUGGUAGAAUUCAUGGAUUUUAUUUUCCCGAAGAUGACAAUGUGUACAGUGUCGAACUCAGGGAACUGCUAAGUAGGAGAAGUGUCUCAAACCUCCUUCGCAGCAGUUUUCGUGAAAGCCUUGAUCAGUUGAUACAAUCAUACGUUGAAAGGCAGAGUCAUGCUAAUGUUGAGUGGGAGCUCCAAGAAACAACCACCCCUUUCUCUCCCUCGGCAGCGCAGGAGCUUGAGCAACAGAACAGGGAUCCGAUUGUUGGUACUCAGGAUGCUGUUAAUAGCUCACUUGGUCGUCAACCCUUGCCGCCACCACCUCCGCCACCGCCGAUAUGGGAUCACCGCCGCUCCCGUCAUGACAGAUGGUCACCUCAUGAUAUAAAUAAUCAACGCCUAGGAAUGGAAUGGGAUGUCAUUAAUGACUUGAGAGUUGACAUGGUUAGGCUACAGCAAAGAAUGAACAAUAUGCAGAGAAUGCUGGAGACCUGCAUGGAUAUGCAGCUUGAGUUGCAACGCUCAAUAAGACAAGAGGUUUCUGCGGCCCUAAAUCGCUCAACUGGUUCAUCAGGAACACGUGACCAUGAUUCACCAGAUGAUAAAUCCAAAUGGGAAUGCGUGAGGAAAGGGGUUUGCUGCAUUUGCUGCGAAAGCAAUAUUGAUUCUCUCUUGUACAGAUGUGGGCACAUGUGCACAUGUUCUAACUGUGCUAAUGAUUUGCACCGAAGUGGAAGGAAGUGUCCAAUGUGUCAAGCACCAGUUGUUGAAGUAAUUCGUGCUUAUUCCAUACUAUAGUUUAGACAUUAAAAAGGGGUUACAUAUAGCCAAAAUUACAGAAUCCGCACAAGUUUUUAUUUCCUGGAGAUUUCCAGGUACCUUAUUUUUAAGUUGAUGUCCUUCUCCGUCCUUUUGCUUCUUGAUGUGAUUACCUGUAUUUAUGUCAACUUGUUAAGUGCAACAAUGGAACAGUUGAUGGCAAUUUUUUGAGGGCCAUGUUUCUGAAAUAAAUAAAGUAAAUAUCGGUUUUGAGAUUUUGA